UGUUGAGUGAGAAAUUUCAAGACUUAUUGUUUUGAAUACCAUCGCCACCUUGAAUGAAAAGCGCAGGCAACAGUAGAAGGUGCAGAUUUUGACCAUAUUUUCCCUGUGGGCAGUUAUCGUGGUCCUCUACGUGGGCUUGAGGCGCCAGAAGAAAAAGGAGACCCUCAUGUCCUCCAAGGAGGACAUCCGGGACAACGUCAUCCACUACGACGACGAAGGCGGCGGCGAGGAGGACACGCACGCCUUCGACAUGGGAACGCUGCGCAAUCCCAAAGUGGUCAAGGACAACCUGUUCCGCCGGGACGUCAAACCCGAGAUCAAACGGUGCCCGAGGCCGGCGGGGUCGAAGGACAGCGCCGACAUCCGGGCGUUCAUCAACCAGCGGCUGAAGGACCACGACGCGGACAACUCGGCGCCUCCGUACGACUCGUUGGCCACGUACGCCUACGAGGGCAGCGGCUCGGUGGCCGAGUCGCUCAGCUCCAUCGAGUCCCUCGCCGCCGACGUGGAGGAAGACUACGAUUACCUCAACGAGUGGGGGCCCCGCUUUAAGACACUGGCGGGAUCUUCGGCGAGCCGUCGGGGUCCCGCUCGGACUUGACAAACACGGAGAGCACGCAGUGAGGACGCGGACGGACUCCAGGAGCAAAUAUGUAACGUUUUAACAUCUGUGUUUUUUUUUCUGUUUUUUUUUUGACAAACAUGAUCGGUCCCAAAAUUGUACAAAUACAAAGAAAAUAAAGAUCGGAGAUGCCGUUCAGUUCUCUCCCAAUUGAAUGUUGACACGUAACCAUGGAGAUGUCACUUUCUUGAACAUCCUCAAAAGUGCCUCAACUUGACUUUUCACGUCCGACCGACCGACGUCACUUCUGUGGCCCCCGUCAGGCCAAAGAUGUUUUGAAUGUUAUUUAUCCUCCUAUUUAUGUACCUGGCUGAUUGGGUCGUCGUGUAUUUAUCUAUUUAUCUCAGUCACGCUUCUGUAUAUUUUGGAUUUCAUUUUAUUUUUGGUCACACUUUUUGUAACAAAGGUAAAAUGUUCCUGUUGGGGCGGGUGGUGUGAAUAGACUUGUACUAGAGUUGUAAAAACAAAAGAGACAUUAGGGCUAAAUAUUGCAGUUCUGUCAUGUUCCAAACACCCUUUUCUUAAAUAAACCACACUUGAACAAAAAGUGAAAGUUCCCUCAAAGCACAUCUAAUUGUUGUCAAACCUACUUUUCCAACAUGAGAUUAACCUUCUAAUACACUUAACGUUUGUUUGUUCGUUCACUGGUGAUGGGCAGUAACAAGCUACAUGUAACUAAGCUACGUAGCUUAACGCUCGUUUGUUCACCGGUGAUGGCAGUAACAAGCCAAAUGUAGCUAAGCUACGUAGCAUAACGUUUGUUCAUUCACCAGUGAUGGUCAGUAACAAGCUACAUGUAACUAAGCUACGUAG